AUGAAACACUGGCCUGUGCUGCUCAUUUUGGCCAGGAGGCUUGAAGGAUUGGUAUUGGUAGGCGCUGGCUUCGAAAUCGAAUCCGGCCUACAGUAUGGCGACGACGGCAAGGGUCGUGCCCGGAGCCAUGUUGUCGAAGCCGUUGUCCGUGGCGAACUCUGCGCACUCAACCGAGCCCUAGCUACCCGCCCGAGCCCCAGCACAACCCGAGACCACGAGAUCGCCGGUUCUAUCAGUGUGGUCCACAAUCAAUCCGGGAUUGCAAUCUGGAUUGGCUUGGCAAUUCAAUCUAAUCCAACCUAG